CAUUAAACACUGGAAUGUGUGCUCUUGGGCAACCGAUGUUAGCAAACACACAAACAUACGUGACUCACGCACACAUGGCCGUGUGUUUACAGAGAGUUUGAGCUUAAAUUCAUGCAGAUUAAACAAAUGACAGCGAAGAAUUGUUGUUGUUGAAAAAAAAACGAAAACAAAUUAACAGAGAUUUGAUUUUAUUAUUUACACAACGGAUCACCCGCAACUUUAUCAGCGCGCCAAAAGCAACAACAAAACGUAUAGCAUAGCUGCACAGGGAGCACACGGCUCCACCUCUUUCGCUUGAUCUCUAUGCGCUAGUUCAUGUUUGUGUGUGCUUAAAGCUGAGUUUUUUUGGUUUGUUGGUGCAAAAUGUUAACUCUCAAAACACUGCGACAUUGGUGGCAGCAUCAGUUGAGUCGUGACGGCCUACGUGAUUUUUUCGUUCAUGCAAACUACGCGCAUUUUCGGCAUUUUUUCCAAAAUAAGGUUGCACCAGAUGAAGAGAAGGAAAUGACUUAUCACAAAAAACCAACCUCGAAGGUGCCAUGGUACUUAGCGCCAGCCUUUAUGAUCUUCUGGCUUGUGCUUAUAUUUGCUGUUGUUAUACCAGUUUUCUUCUCGCUACCCACUGGACUUACCAUUACAAAUGAAAGUUCCCAUCCCAACAGCUUUAUAGCGGAACGUGCUGAACGUAUACUUAUCAAUUUCGAUAGAAUCGGACCGAAAGUGGUGGGAAGUCAUGCAAAUGAAAACCAUACAGUAGAAUUGCUACUGGAACAAUUGGAAGCUAUAAGAGAUGUUAUGCACACCGAUCUCUUCGAAAUGGAAAUAGAUGUGCAAGUGGUUUCGGGUGCAUAUAUACACUGGACUAUGGUGAAUAUGUAUCAGGGUGUACAAAAUGUUGUUGUACGUUUCAGAACGAAAGCAAGCACGAGCGAAUCGUAUCUACUGAUUAAUAGUCACUUCGAUUCGAAACCCGGCAGUCCAGGCUCCGGUGAUGAUGGUGCUAUGGUUGUCAUAAUGCUCGAGACAUUACGCGUAAUCGCCACUACGCGUACACCUUUUCAGCAUCCCAUCAUAUUUCUAUUUAAUGGUGCCGAAGAGAAUCCUCUGCAGGCUUCACAUGGCUUCAUAACGCAACACAAGUGGGCCAAGAAUUGCAAGGCUCUUAUUAAUUUGGAUUCAGCGGGUAGCGGAAAUCGUGAGGUUCUCUUUCAAACCGGACCAAAUCACCCGUGGUUAAUGGACAUUUACCGUAAAAGUGUUAAGCGCUCAUUCGCGUCCACAUUCGCCGAGGAAAUAUUCCAAUCCGGUUUAAUACCUUCGGACACGGAUUUCAGAAACUUUCGCGAUUACGGUAAUGUACCAGGACUCGACAUGGCACACUCAUAUAACGGUUAUGUGUAUCAUACGAAAUUUGAUGGCGUCAGCCUUGUGCCACGUGGAACACUGCAAACUACUGGCGAUAACAUACUGGGCUUGGUGCGUACUUUUACCAAUAGCUCAAUAUUAAAGGAUCCAUCUCGUCACGCCGAGGGUCACAUGGUUUUCUACGACUUCUUCGGUUAUUUCGUCGUCUCCUAUACCGAAUCUACUGGGAAAAUUCUCAAUACCUGCGUCUCUGUGGGCGCUAUACUGCUCACAUGCAUCUCUAUGUACCUGAUGGCAGCUGAUUCUUUCGUUUCCAUCGGCUAUACUUUGCGUCUAUUCUCACUCAUAUUCGUACUACAUUUGAUUGGUUGGAUUUUGGCCAUCGCAUUGCCGCUACUUAUGGCGACGAUGUUCGAUAGCGCUGAUCGUUCGAUGACAUGGUUCACCAGCAAAUGGCUUGUUUUUGGUCUAUACAUCUGUCCUACGCUCAUGGGCUUGAGUGCGCCCACACUGCUAUAUUUGAGCAUAAGUCGUAAUGAUAAAGUAUCACAACCGUAUCGCCUGCAAAUGGUCGAUCACGCGCACACAUUGAUCUUGUCUAUAAUUUGUAUUCUUCUAACUUAUUUGAGCAUACGCAGCUCGUACUUCUUAAUGAUUCCACUACUUUUCCAUGCCAUAUCCUUGGUCAUAAACAUGGUGACAACGCUGCAUAAACGAGCCUACUACUGGUCAAUCUUCGUCAUGUUAUGUCAAAUUAUACCCUUCCUCUACUUCACCUAUCUGUUUCAUGCACAGUUGAUCUCUACAAUGCCAAUGAUGGGUCGAUUUGGUAGCUCAAGUAAUCCGGAUUUAUAUAUUGCUAUCCUUACUAUUUUGGGUACUAUGUUAUCUAUGGGCUAUUUGAUUCCGCUACUCAAUAUUUUCAGUCGUCCGAAGUUGGUUUUCCUUAUUCUGCCGGCUGUUACACUUGUUAUAGCCUUGACUGCAAUGACACAGAUCGGAUUCCCCUAUCGGCCAGCAACCAACGUACAGCGAGUCAAUUUACAAGAAGUGCGACGUGUGUUCUAUGAAUACGAUGGCACGGUUAGUCGCAACGAGUCUGGUUAUCUGUUUGAUUUCCAAGAUAGACGGAAACAACUUCCUUUUGCACCAUACGUUGAUCUGGAAGAUCUGUAUAACAUUAGCGAUGAUUGUGAUAAAUAUAUGAUGUGUGGCAUGCCCAUAUUCAACCAUCGCACAACGAAAUCGCGUCGACAAGCCAGUUUUCUACCACGUGAAGUGCCCCUUCAAUUGCCCGGAGUUCCCCAACUGACACUUCUUAGAAAAAGUAUCAACACUACCACAGAGACUAUACGUUUCGAGUUCGAACUUGAAGGACCAUCGCAUAUGAGCAUUUUUGUGCAACCACUUGAAAAGGUGACGGUGAGUGAUUGGUCCUUCUUGGCCGACAUGUUGCUAAACGAGCCACCUUUCCACGUGUACUUCUCAUAUGGCAAAAUUAGUACACCACUCACAUUUUACAUUGAUUUGAAGAAGGAGAAUAGUGAAUUUGACGAACCGCUAAUGCAGUUAGGCAUUUCCGGACAUUAUAUUAGCUUUGAGCACGAACGCGAUGCAGAAACAAAGAAGUUCCUUGCGACAUUCCCAUCUUAUUCAUAUAUUAUGGAAUGGCCGAGUUCCUAUGAACGUUAUAUAUUUUAAGUAAAUGUUAAUAUUAAUAAUAAAGAUUUAGUAAGA